AUGGCUCUUUUUGAGAUCUGGAACGUAACCGUCACCGGAACUUUGUUGGAGAUCAACUCAACUAUUCAGAAUGGAAAUACUAGCCUUGGAGCCUCGAUGGGCAACGUCGAGGAUUUCACUUUCAUGAUCCAUGUGCUUGUCAUUACCAUUUUUCUUGGCCCAUGCUUCCUAUUGGGUAUCACUGCGAACUCUGUUGCACUAUGGCAUAUCAAAGGAAAGAAAAUCUCAUCGCCCACUGAUGUCCUCCUUCUGGACUUAAUCAUCAUGAACAUUUUUAUAAUUCUGGCGUCUGCGAUUGCCAUUCUGAAAAUUAUGCAAUCAUUUAUUUCAGUACAACUAGUUGAUUAUUUCGUCGUUAGCACGAACAUAUUCAGCCUUUAUGGCAGCCCGGUCUUCAUGACCUGCAUUGCUGUUGACCAGUACAUCGCUGUUGUUCACCCCAUUAAGUUUCAUGCCUGGAGAAAGCCGAAAUAUUACGUUUUUCUGUCAGUAGCAGCUUGGCUGACUAUGUUAAUCCUGAGCUUGGUGGUCUUUUUCCUUGCAAGAGGCCAGUUGGACAACUCAAUUACAUGCAGUGCUCAGGUUUCAGCCUGGGAGCAGGACCUGGUCCUUAAACUGUGCCCAGAAAUGGUGGUGUUUUUCAUCCCAAUCCUAAUCCUUUUGACCUGCUAUGCCCUGAGUGCAAAUAAACUGAGUGAAGUGGGAACUGGGAAGGAAUCUAUGGAAAUGAUGAAGAAGAAAGUGCGGAGAACCAUUUGGGCGAUAUUGGCUCUUCUGCUUAUCUGUGUUGCCCCAUAUCACGUCACUGAAAUGUCUUUUAUUCUGAAGAGCCUGCUGGAUCCCACAAAGGAAACCGUGAGGUGGUACAUUUGUAAUGUUCGUCCGUAUACCUGGGCCAUCAGUUUUCUGAAUACCGUCCUCAAUCCCCUGCUCUACAUUUUCAGGUCCAAAAAUUUUCAAUGGAAGGCGGGUUGCUGUAGAGCACGCCAGUAA